AUGUCUAUGGAAAUUUCUCACAACAGUUAUGUUUCGUCUAAUAAAACUGAAAUUGCUGAUAUGUUUGCUGAUAUGUUUUCUUCGGUGUACUCAACGAAUACUAUUAAUACUACAAAUGAUCUACCUAAUAUUUCAAAAUUUGACUUGCCCAAUAAUGUUUAUUUCUCUUUGGAUGAUAAUUGUAAUGGUCUGUCGCUCUCAAAGGAAAUUGAAAUACAAAAAUUGAAAUCACCCGGAGUAUCGUCCUGCCUGAAAGCAUACUGUUCAUAUACACCAAGUGACUUGAAUACGUUAGACAAUUGUGCUUGGGACUCGGGCAUGGACGGCGAAGAUAAUAAAAAUUUUAUGAGCAACGAUGUAUUUACUGGUUGUAUACCUCUAAAACAUUUAUUCGGAUUUUGCGAAGAUUAUAAAAAAAUAUUACUAAAUUGCAAUCAACAACUGAUUUUAAAUCGCUUGUCUACCGAUUUAGACGUAUUACGUAUGACGCAAACCGGAACCUCCGAAAACGUUGAAAAAAAUAAAAAAAUUACGAUUGAAUUGAUUAAAGUGAUAUGGAAGAUGCCUAUAAUCAGAGUUAAUGAUAAAGAAAAAUUAAAACUGUUGAAAGUGAUAGAUUCACGUAAAACGUUAUCAUGUGCGUUCAGAACCUGGGAUCUAUGUGAAUAUCCUGUACUACCUAGAAAUACUUCACAUUCAUGGACGAUAAAGUCUAGUAGCUUGCUUGAAAAACCUAGAUUUAUUUUGUUUGGAUUACAAACAGAUAGAAAAAAAAAUAUAGAAAACGACGCUGGGCGCUUUGACCACUGCCAACUAAAAAAUCUUAAGGUACACUUAAAUUCUGAAGUGUUUCCAUAUGAAGACUUUCGUGCUGAUUUUAAAAAUAAUACCAUCAGCUUACUGUAUAAAGCCUAUACAGACUUUCAAAAAUCGUAUUACGAGAGAGAUUAUUCUGAACCAUUGUUAUCAAAAAAUGUUUUUCAAACAUAUGUUCCAAUCGUCGUUGUCGAUUUAUCGCAUCAGAAUGAUAACGUAAAAGCAUCGACCAUAGACCUACGAGUAGAAUUUGAAACGGAUACGGUUAUUCCUGAGAAAACUGCAGCUUAUUGUUUAAUUUUACAUGAUCAGAUUAUAACUUAUAACCCGUUUAGCGGUGAUGUUAGAAAACUGUAA